AUGCCGAAGAGCAUUAAAUUGUACGAAGAUCUGCCGAAUCCAAAUACGUGGACAAUGCCGCCCACUCCGGGCGGAGGACCUCCGCUGCCUUCCGAGGUGAAGGUUGAACUGCAAAACCGAGAGUUAUGGCAGCAAUUCCAUGCCGAGACAACCGAGAUGAUAAUCACGAAGCUGGGCCGGCGAAUGUUCCCGUCCAUGCAGCUGGCGAUCAGUGGACUCGAGUGUCGUGCACGAUAUUGCGUUCUCCUCGAAGUGGAACCGGCGUCCGAUCGUCGGCACAAGUAUGUCGGCGGCGGCGCUGUCGGCGAGGACGGUUGUGGGAAUGCUAGGGGAUGGACAUCGGCUGGUCCAGCCGAACCCCAGCCACGGAUCGAUCGAAGGAUCUACCUGCAUCCGGACAGCCCUGCGCCCGGCUCGCACUGGAUGCAGAAUCCCCUAAGUUUCAACAAGCUCAAACUGACCAACAAUGCCGUCGAUCCUAGGAACAACGUGGUUCUGACGUCCAUGCACAAAUACAUUCCACGCAUCUGGAUCGUUCGCUGCGACGACGCGACGAGAAUGAGCGACUUGUACUCCCAUCCAGCUUCGUCCUUCAAAUUCAGCGAAACCGAAUUCAUCGCUGUGACCGCUUAUCAGAACGAGAACAUCACCAAGCUGAAGAUCAACAACAACCCCUUCGCGAAGGGUUUCCGGGAGACCGGGCAGUCGCGAUGCAAGCGAAAGUUCCAGCAAAACGGAGACGGUGGAUCGAACCGCAUGGAAGACGAUGACGGUAACAUGUCGUCGGGAUCCGAGUCGAAUAGGACGAAUCACGUGGCGGACGUUGUCGCUCACAGACCGAAGACUGCGUCCAGCGAGACCGGAAGCCUCGACGACAGCGGUCUCAGUAGCUGCGGGGAUAUCAGUCCGCCAUUGAUCAAUCAAAACUCAUCGUCCAGAGACGCAGACCGGGACGCGCAACGUCGUCUACACAGACCUUGGAUCGACACGGCGCCGCAAUUUUCGUCGACCUCCUCCUCCAGGCCGAACAGAUACGAAAAUCUGUUGAACCUUCCGGCGCACUACUUCCGGCUACUUCACCCUUCGCUUACGAUGCAAGAGGACCUGGCCAGGUUACGGUACCAAUCGAUGCAGCAAUUCACGAGACACUAUUACCAAUAACGAUUGGUAUAUUCCUCUGGAUAGAUACAGGGUAUUCCGAAAUUAUUGUACGAACGAGAAGCGAGAGAUUCCUGAGGUCAUUUGAAGCAACUUCCUCCUUUACAAAAACUU